AUGUUGCGGCCUGCACUGAAUACGCAACGCAGGUGGUUCUCAAGCACUCAGCGGGCCCUCCACAGGAACGUCUACUUUAUUCCGUCCAUCAACGGCAGCAGGCUCGGCAGAAUCGAAUUCAAGCUGUACGACGAAGUCGUCCCCAAGACAGCGCAGAAUUUCAGGGCCCUAUGCACCGGAGAAAAAGGUUUUGGAUACACGGGCGUGCCCUUCCACAGGAUUAUCCCACACUUCAUGAUUCAGGGCGGUGAUACCGAUUUUGCCGGAGGAUUUGGCGGAAGGUCUAUCUACGGACGCAAAUUCCCAGACGAGAACUUUCUCAAGACCCACGAUCGGCCGGGGCUGCUUUCGAUGGCCAAUUCAGGCCGCAACACCAACGGCUCGCAGUUCUUCAUCACCACAGCGGAGUGUCCGUGGCUCGACGGGAAGCACGUCGUCUUUGGCGAAGUCGCAAGCGGGAUGCAGGUCGUGAGACAGAUCGAGUCCUACGGAACAAGGUCGGGCAGGCCAACUGCCAGGAUCGUAAUCGAGGAGGCCGGCCAAUUGUAA